AUGACAGGCAACCUGUCUCUGUGGGUUUCCACACCUGCCUUCUCCCUGCUCAACUCAUCUGCUCCACCAUCCCUUGGACCCUGGAAGGCUCCAUCCUUCACAGUGGCUGCCCGCUGCCGUGUAGCCGCCACCCUGGUGCUGUUUGUCUUUGCUGCUGGCAGUAACCUCUCGGUUCUGAUCAGUGUGUGCUGGGGGCGGGGUUAUCGCCUGGCAGCACACCUCCGCCCGCUCAUCGCAAGUUUGGCAUCAGCUGAUCUGGUGAUGACCUUUGUGGUGAUGCCGCUGGAUGCCAUUUGGAAUAUUACAGUGCAGUGGUAUGCUGGGGAUUUCAUGUGUAAGCUACUGUGUUUCCUCAAGCUCUUUGCCAUGCACUCAGCAUCAUUCAUACUCGUGGUAGUAAGUCUGGACCGCUAUUGGGCCAUCCUUCAUCCUCUGGAUUCUCUGGAUGCUGGGCUCAGGAACAGACGCAUGCUGCUGGUGGCCUGGACUCUGAGCCUGCUGCUGGCAUCUCCACAGCUGUUCAUAUUUCAGACCAUUAAAGCUGAUGGAGUGGACUUCACUCAGUGUGUCACCCAUGGAAGUUUCCGGUAUCUCUGGCAGAAGACGGCAUACAACAUGUUUCACUUUGUGACGCUGUAUGUCUUCCCCCUACUCGUCAUGACUUUCUGCUACACCCGCAUCCUCACCAAGAUCAAUGGGAAGAUGCCAAAAGGAAAAGAUGGUGAGCACUGCCUGAGACGCAGUGGAACAGACAUGAUACCCAAAGCCCGGAUUAGGACCCUUAAGAUGACCAUUGUGAUCGUUAGCUCCUUCAUCAUCUGUUGGACUCCCUACUACCUCUUGGGGAUCUGGUACUGGUUUCAACCAGCCAUUAUCCAGCACACACCCGAGUAUGUGCACCACAUACUGUUUGUCUUUGGCAACCUAAACACAUGCUGUGACCCGGUCAUCUACAGUUUCUACACACCAUCUUUCCGGGCUGACAUUGCUGAUGUGGUGGCGUGCUGCUGUGGACGCCAAAUCAACAUGGCCUCCCCUAGUUCUGUGGAUCGCCUGUCUGGACGAAGAGCUGGAGCUGCUGUGGAGAUGGAGUCUGAUCUGAGCUCCAACCAGCACAGUGGGAACCCAAGUUAA